UUUCAUAACUGCAUUUCCCUGUCUUAUAUCAGUGACUGACAUUUAGGAUUAACGUUAGUCAAAGAAAUGACUUGCAUAAAACAAAUAUUUUCUAAAAGACCUCGGUUAAAACUCGAGAGGUUGUUCGGUGCAGCUUUCACCUCCUGCAGAUGUUUGUACACUGAGCAAGUGAGACAUGAAUCCAGCGGACUCCCAAUAGUUCAUCACAGCAAGUAUGUGUGUGAGCUCCCUCCCAAUCAUAGGUUUCCAAUGGACAAGUUUCCCAGAGUGUUUAACUUUCUUAUCAAAGAUCAGGUCAUUACAGAGAAACAGGUGUGGGUUCCUGAAAUUGCCUCUAAAGAUUUAUUGAGUUGUGUGCACACUGAUGAAUACUUGAACAACUUCAUUAAUGGGAAAAUAAAUGAACAAGAACAGAGGAGGACAGGCUUCCCCUGGAGUGAAGGCAUAGUGAGACGCUGUCGAUAUGAAACAGGUGGGACAGUUCUUGCAGCUGAAUUAGCUCUGCAGAGGGGUCUGGCCUGCAGUACGGCAGGAGGAACCCAUCACGCGUUUCCAAGCUACGGUUCAGGGUUUUGCCUCCUCAAUGACUUAGCAGUUGCAGCCAAAUACCUGAUGGAGAACUCCUCGCACAAGAGAAAGGUUCUGAUUGUGGAUCUUGAUGUGCAUCAGGGUGAUGGCAGUGCUUUUAUAUUUAAAGAGGAGCCAUGUGUGUUUACAUUCUCGGUGCAUUGUGGGAAAAACUUCCCACUCCGUAAACAACAGAGUGACCUCGAUAUCAGCUUGGAGGAUGGACUGGAAGACAAGGAGUACCUCUCCUCAGUUGAAGCGCACCUUCCCUGGGUGCUAGAGACAUUUCGUCCAGACCUGGUUCUGUAUGAUGCAGGUGUUGACCCCCACUGGGAAGAUGAACUUGGGAGACUCCGCCUGACUGACCAAGGGCUGUAUCAGAGGGACCUGUAUGUAUUGAAGACAGUGGUGAGCAAAGGCGUUCCUGUCGCUGCUGUUAUUGGAGGAGGGUACUCAAGAGACAUCGACAAACUGGCCCUCAGGCACUCGAUCGUCCACAGGGCAGCGACUCAGGUAUGGAGGGAGUGUGGGCUGUAGAACUUUUUUUCGCUGACAUGAGAUGAUCAAGAGGAUUAAGAAGCAAAAAAUUAGGAUAUUUAUACCAACCAAUUCAUAGACUUGAAACACUACAUCCCGUGUAUUGUUGAUUAACUAUAUUAUACUAACAUAUUUGUAAUAAUAGAUUUCUAAAUGACCUUAUGUUCUUGUUUCUGAACUGUGAACUUUUGCAUAUGAACCAGGACUUCUGCCAUUACAAACGUUUGUGGAAAAAAAAAGAGCUAAUAAAAUUGCUCUACAUAGGGUCCAUUUUACCAAAAAACGUUGGUCAUUGUGAGACUAUUGCAUGUGAUUUUUCUGUAAUGCGGGAUGUUGGCUAAAGAGUGCAUCAGGCAUUCAGCAACCUGCUGGUUACCUCAUGACAGAUACUGUAUCAGUAUUCCUAUUAAAUAUUC